AUGUUCCCAUCAAAAAAUAUGUUCGAUUACAUGACCGAAAUAAAUAGAUUAUUCCCAAGAUCUUCAGAAAAUGAGAUGGAAUUUCGUCCAGAUACACAACCUACAGCAUACAACACAUUCAUGCAGUCUCCAUAUAACAGCUCUCUGAUAGCCAAUCAUUCUUCCAGUUCUGCUGACUCUAUAUCGCCAGAAGUCUUCCCACACAUGCCACCUACACCACCAAAAAACAGAUUGACGGAAAAUAGAUCUUAUUCAGUUAAACAUGCUAUGUCUGAAACUCCAUUUUCAGCAAAACGUCAAAGACCUAUUGUAGGUAGAAAGAUUUUAGGGAACACUGAUUAUGUGAAUCCAACUUUUGAUAGCCCUGUACAACUAUCCCCAGUUGAAAGAAACUAUGAAAUGCCAGGGUGGUCAGAGUACCAAAACAUAUCUAAUACCACAACAAACCGUAAAGUAUUUCUUGAUCAACACAAUUGCACUCAAAAUGUGUUCUAUGAGCUAUUUCCAACUGAUAACAAAGGAUUUGAAUUCAAAACACCUAUGAAAUCUUCACCCAGAACAUCUUUUAUGUAUGGUAGUCCUGUUUCUCCAAACUCUACUAUUAGUAUGUCACCAACUUCAAGUAUGACUGCACCAUUUGCAAGUCCCCCUUCUCCGUAUAGAAGGAAUAUUAAUACCAACAUUGUUCCAAGCCCUUCAAGAAUAAACCAGGAUAUAAAUCCAGGAAAAAUUUGCACAUUUUGUCGCAAAAAUGGGGAGACUCCACUCGUGUUCAUGACGCACACGGUCAAAGAGAUGAUUGGUAACAAAAAUGUUGUCACUUGCCCCAUUUUGAGGUCUCAUGUGUGUGCAACAUGUGGGGCUUCUGGAGAUGAUGCUCAUACCAUGUAA